AUGGAGCAAAAUUGGCGAGAAAGGGGGUGGGUCAGUGAUGACCUGAGCAGGAGGGCUCUAACAAAGGGAUUCUUAAAUUAUAAGGCUAUAACUAAGGAUAAUCCACAUACAAUAGCUGGGACCACAUCUAGAUGUCCAAACUCUGGUAAUAACAAUAGUUCUAAUUCAGACCUCAUAUUUCAUGAAGAUCAGAAUGACAGAGAUGAAGGGAUGGAUAAUUGUAAUGAUGCGUCAAACUAUGAUGAUGAUGAUGAUGACAAUUUGUUUUACAAAAAUAAUGAUGAUGAUGAAUAUGAUUACUUGAGUAUGCAGGCACAAUUUGAUAAUAUUGAUUUGCCUGCUGGUGUUGAGGCAACAGUUUCUUGGUUAAAUGAACCUUCUUCCAGUUCAAAUGUGUCUUCCCAAGUUAGCUUUUCAAGUCAUCUAGCAAGUGGUCAGACGUCAACUCCUAUAAACUCUGAGCAUGUAAGUAGUAACUUUCCUCAGGUCCCUUCUUCAAGCAGUACUCUGGUGUCUGGAUGGUCAAAUUCUCGUGGAAAAAAAGAGGCGACUGAAGAUGAACUCAUGAAAAAGUAUCAAAGUUUUAAGCAUUUUGAUGCGGUAGAAGACUUCUCAGAUCAUCAUUACACUAACUUGGGCCUCCUGGGCGAACAGCCACCUAAGGCCUAGAAUAAGAAGGUUCAGGAUGAGUGAAAAAUAUUAGAAAAUGAUUUACUUGAUAUAAUAUAUGUAAGGGUCUGCAAAGAAAAGAAGGACCUCCUUAGGGAUGUCAUCAUUGAACCACAAGGAACUCCAUACCAUUAUGGUCUCUUUGUCUUUGAUAUCCUAUUCUCGCAAAAUUAUCCUGAUGUGCCAACGAUGGUUUACUACUAUUCUAGAGGUUUGAGACUAAAUCCCAACUUGUAUAAUUAUGGGAAAGUUUGUCUCGAGCUUGUUAACACUUGGAGUGGUAAAGGUAAUGAGAAGUGGUUGCCCAAGACAUCGACCAUGUUGCAAGUCUUGGUUUCAAUACAAGCUCUAAUUUUGAAUGGAAACCCUUUCUUUGAUAAGCCUGGAUAUAUAACUUCAUAUGCUGGAUGCGAGGGAGAGAGGAGAUCUCACGCUUGCCAUGAACAUGCUUUUGUUCUAUCUUUGAAAAUAAUGAAGAGGAGGCCACCAAAGGUUAUGAUCGUGUAUCCUGGUUCCAACUUCUACUUCAUUCAAAUAUUUUGUCAAAAGUAUGUAUGUAUCUCUUUUGGUUCACUGCGUGUUGAUUAG